CAUGAUCAGAUAAUAUAUAAUGUGAGACAAUUUGUUUUCUCACAAGUUUAAUGUACAAUGGCAGCUGAGGUCAUUCCGUGUGGACUUUAUCCAGAAUGCAGCAUGACUUUGAUGCUAUUUUCUAACGUCGAAAAUGCGACAGAAAUUCGAAAAUCUGUCAUGAGUGGAGAAUUUGAAGCAGCACUCCUGAAAACAUCAAUGAUUUUAGAGCCAUUCCAAGUGAUUGUUGCUGCAAACAGGGCUAUUCAUCUUCACAGAGUUAACAAAAUGAUGACCAAAAAUGUACACUCUGAAGUUUUGUUUAGUCUUUCCCCAAGUAAAAAUAUUUCAGAUUCCUUUCGUAAGUUUGGUCUAGCAGACAGUGAGACCUCCAUGUUUGUGGUUAUAGUCAAUGAUACAGAUGGUGCCACAUGUCAGGCAGUGAGGAACAAGGUUAAAGGUCAACUUACAAAUAUAAAUGAGGUCGGGAAACACUCAGAUUUACCAACAAUCAAGAAGGUUUACAAGAUUUCCGACACUGAGCUGUCAGCCUGUAGUCCAGUUGAAGCCAUUGUAUCAAGAAUCUCCAGUAAAGACAUUGUCACAGUGUGACCUUCAAAGACCUCAUUAUCCUUAUCUCUCCUAGUGGUACCAUAAAUGUGACAUUUGUGAACAUUUACUGAAUAUAAGGAAAAUUGUGAAAGUUUUUUUAAAUAUAUGUAUUAAAGUGUGAAUUUCAUAGGAAAUAUGUCCAAUUGUGAAUUUUUGGACAAAUUGGCCAAGUUCUGUAAAGAAAUGAUAAGAUGUGAAUUUCUAAAGAAAUAUCUACAAAUUGAUUAGUUCAACAAUAGUCAGUACUUCUUACAUGGAGUCAAACUAGCUGUAUUGAGAGACUAUUUGCUUUAUGUUGUUGUAAAUAUUUACCUUUAUUAAGCAGCUACCUGUCUGCAUCAUAGUUUUACUUCUGUACCAGAAAACAAUGUAUUAAUAAAAUAACUUUCUGUGUA